GAGCACUAGUCUAAACACUCCUUACAAUUGAUGAGUGCUGAAAGCUAUGGCUUGAUUCCCGAAGUACAUGUACAAAUUGUAAGGCAUCAAGUGAAACAGUGGCUCCGAAGCUGAAUAUUGAGACACUUAGUUAUGCUUCAUGUCAGUUCUGUUCUGAACGGGAAGAUUUUUUGAGAAUAUAAAUUCUAUUUGAAGAAAUAAUAAAAGAAAAAUGCCUGAAGCUUCUACGACACUUAACCUGACGUUAUCAUCUGCAGCAGAUGGAACGGCUUUUUUGAAAUCAUCAUAUGAAAAUGCAACUUUGUAUCAAGAAGACAACGAAAAUGUAUCCCCGGGUUUGGAAGUACUGGCCACGAUUUCCAUUACAUAUGCUGUUAUUAUAUCAGUUGGUCUUCUUGGUAAUGCAAUUCUCAUAAAAGUCUUCUUCAAGAUUAAGUCCAUGCAGACGGUUCCUAAUAUAUUUAUCACCAGCCUGGCUUUCGGAGAUCUGCUUCUGCUGUUGACCUGUGUUCCAGUGGACGCUUCAAGAUAUAUGGUAGACACGUGGCUAUUUGGAAGAAUCGGAUGCAAGGUCAUAUCUUUCAUACAACUCACUUCUGUUGGAGUAUCCGUUUUCACUUUGACUGUCCUCAGUGCUGACAGGUAAGAAAUGAUUCUGAUUUUCUGAGAAAUAUAAAAAGGUCUAUAUCAGGAAUAGGCAACCUACAGCACUCCAGAUGUUGUUGUCUACAUGUCCCAUAGUAUUCGUACAGCCAGAAUGCCGGCAAAGCAUCAGCGGAGAUGUAGUCCACAACAUAUGAAGUGCCGAAGAUAGCCUUGUCCUGGUCCAUAUUAUGCUAACUAAAGGGUUCAGUUUAAGAUGUGGCAAAAUCCAAUAUAAGAGCAUGUCAAUUAAACUAAUUGUUAUUAAAGUUACACAAGAGAAAAUAGUGUAAUGGGUCAAAUCACCUAACAAAUGAGAUCCUGACAUCGUCUUAAAUGUAUUCAGUCAGUGGUUUACCUAUAAUAUGAGAUCUAAUCUAUGGACCAUUAUAGCUGUGAUGUAGGUGCAAGUCAUAUAUCUGCGGUAUUUGUAGGCUUUGAUUGAUUUUUUAAAGCACAUGGCUUCAUUCUUCCAAUUCUAGAGGAAAGAUGGCUUCUACAUGAUUGAAGUUAAUCAGUCCUAAAUACAUUUCUCCAUUUUUAUCUAAAAUAGUGUCAUACUCUCUCAAGCGUUGAAUGGCUAUAGUUUUAAUACCACUCCUCCCUGACAUUAUAAUUGGAAUAAUUUUAGAAUCUGAUUUCAACGGAUAAUCUAACACAGAAGAAAAGUCUGCAAAAUAAUUUCAUGACAAGAUAAUUGAUGAACAGACAAGCGACUGGAAGAGAAAGAUAAAAAAACAUUUACUGAAAUGAAUUCUUCAACAUUUAUAAUGUCUUGUAUGGCUCUACCCAGCCUCUAGCCUUAUAUGUCCUUUACAGAGUUAUUCACUAAAUUGAGAAUCAAAGUGGAUUAAAAGUGAUUUUGAAAUUUAAGGUAUACAUUAGAAAUUUAAGGUAUACAUUUGAAAUUCACUUUGAAUUUUCAAUUUAGUGAAUAACCCUCUUAAUGUUUCCAAGAUUAGUCUGUUUGUGGAUGGGGGUUUCUAAUUCAACUGACAGAUUCAUAAACUGACAUUCAUAGACAUUAUAGUCAUAUAAGCCUAUGUGGUCACACUAUUUAACAUAAAUGUGCCGUUAAAUGAAGAUUCUAAGCUAGUGUUAAAACCACUUGCUGAUCCUUUCAUGCAUGUGUUGGACAAUUCUUUGAAGUAAAUGAGUGAAAGAUUCAGAGAGUGGGGUUCACUUGUCUUAGAUGUUGGAUGCAUAAAUUGUCCAAUAAACAGAGAGAGAAUCAAAAUUUUCAAGAGCCAGUUUCAAUCAUGGGCACGCCUACCACUAAUACUAGCACACUUUGACAGACACACUUUGACAGACACGCACUGAUAGGCACACACUCACUGACAGACACACAAUGACAGGCAGACACACACUAACAGACAGAAACACUGUGAAAGACACACUUUCAGACACACUCACUGACAGACACACACACUCACUGACACUCACAUGCAUUUACUGAAACACACACAGACUGACACACAUACACUCACUGACAGACAAGCACAUUCACUCACAAUGUAUUAUUUUUUAAUUAAAGUGACACUGUCACCCACCCUGAAUAAUUUGUAUUUCAUAAAGAUAGAAUCUUUAUGAAAUACUCAUUUUCACUGAAAUCCAACUCAGUUAAGAUUUAUACUGAGACAAAGUAGGGACCAGUUUGUCUCUGUAUAUUUCCUCUUUCUGACACUUCUAGACACAGGGUGGAACGACCACCAUCUAGAAGUGUUAAUCCCCCAGCCAUAAUCAGUGCAGAGAAUUGGCUCUGUCUACAGAGGAUCCAGCAGGAUGUUCAAGGGAGCAAAGCAGAAAGAUCAGAGCUCCCUCACCACCCAUGCUCAGCCUCUCCUCGGACACUAUAUUUUGGAAUACCUUACUGCACGGCUGCUGCUUUCAGGGGGCCUACGGUGGCCCUGACAGGUGGAACAGAGGGUCCGCUAACACUCGUGACCUCAGCGACCUCUGUAGUUUCACCACUGGCUCCCAGCGUACCCACUGUUUCGUAUGCGUAUCCUCUGGGGUACUCGUACCACAGGUUGAGAAACCAGGAUCCAAAUUACACACAGACCUAUUUAUUUGAAGCAAUGGGGAAGACAAAGUACCCUUUUUUAGUAGCUGUCCAAAGAAAUGGUGCUCCAUAUCCAGUUGUACAUUUCAAGCAUGCUGUUUGCGUAUUGUGUCUCUAUCUUGGUUGAACAUAAAAUGCUGUGUCUUGUGCAAUAAAACUGACUUGUACACUGCAUAUUGUACAUUGUAUAUAUGGAAAAUUAAUUUUCCUGGACAUUUUACAAUUUUGCAAAGUAGAAGAAUAGAGGAUGUUAUUUUAUUAAAAAUGGAAAAAAGCACAUAACAAGGCAAUACCAGUUUUUAAAUGUUACAUUAUUGUACAUUGAAAAAUUCUGACUGAGAUGCCAUCACAUCUUAAAACACAAUAGUCUAAAACAUUGCCGUGGAGAUUUCAAUAUAGUAAUGAGAGAAAUAAUUAAAAAAUAUUUCUCAUUUAUCGCUAAACAAAAGACUUGGGUAGUGAUGGGGGUCAGUAUUCUUUAUGUAGCAGUUUGAGAAUAAGAAUGAAAAGUUUUAGUCUUAAGUAUUACGUAUCAAUGUGUCUUCGUUGCACUCAUUGUGACGAGAGCAAUCUCGCCACAUUGCAUUGGAGAAGCCUGGUUGCUCGCCUGUUGCCUUUGGAUUAUGGCCCCAUGUUAAAAGGCUUAAUUUUCCCCUGCAAAGACAAGAAAGCCGGGUCAUUUGGUGCUUGCCCUGUUUGAGCAGUGAUACCCCAGAUAGCUAUGCCAUGGAGCCCAUUCGUAUAAUGAAAGACUAUGGGAAAGACUUUGGCUUCAUGGCAAUUGAACUGUAUGUGUGUGCUCUGAGUGCCAUUCAGUAAUAAUGUGCGCUCAGACCUUAGCUAUCUGGGCAUAUGUUGCAUGUCUGCAUUUUUAUGUCAUAAAUGUAACCUUGUGUAUUUUAUUGUAUUUUACUGUCUUUUUGCUGCCAUGUGUUCAAUGGAGUUUUGCCUCUGUCUUUGGAGAUAAUUGGAUUACUUCACAAUUAUCUCCAGGAUAGAAGACUCUGUGGAACUGGUUUUGGGCAGAAAAGCCAUGCUUCCUGUGGUCACAAAGGACUACGAUCUAUCCUUUGAACCACUGGACCAAUUUGUAUGAUUUUGACGUAUGUUUGUAUUUGGAGUAUGCUGAUUCCGAAAAUGUAAGUUUAUGUGAAUGUGAUGCAUACAUUUCAAGUUAUGAAUAAUGUGGAAAAAUUGUAUUUCUCUGCUUGUGAUAAAUUACAUUACCCAUUGGGUAAGGUAAUUGAAUCACAGGCAGAGGGGAGGAUUUUGAGUGGGAGUGUCUGAGUGUAUUGUAUGUGUUUAUUGGUUGUGUUCCAAAACCCUGUGGGUGGAACUAAUGUGUAAGAAUGUGUUCAUAAGAACAAUAAACCCACAGAUCUGACUGUUCACUGCUUGACCCUCAACACGGAGCUUUGUCUCGUUCUUGGGGGGAUUUAUUGUAUGCUGUUACAGUUUGACUGCUAGGAGUGUAAACCUAUUCGUAUGGUUUUUCCUAUUCGGCUGCUUACAGCAUUCAUAUGGUUUCCUGUUCGGCGGAUUGGUGUUCUGCAGUAGCUGUGCCUGCAUCUCUGGAAGGGGAAGAUCUACUAAACGGCGGUUUAACCCUUUUAUGCCUGGGGGUGCAGUUACAAUUGGUGGCAAGCGGUGGGAUCGUUCCUACAGCCAGAAGGACAGCUACAGGAGACACCAUUUCUUUGGAUUUACAAGUGGGGGCAACGCAUGUCCCAGUACAGCGACCCUAAAAGCAACAGAAUGGAACCAGCAGUGUUAUACGAGGAGGAGGACCUGGAUGGCCCGGGAUGCAUUAAGGAAAGGCAUCUGGUACCAGGCCCUGGAUAAUGUACAAUACCAGCGGGGUGAGAGCCUCCCCAGUGAAGAGCAGCGGUUGCAGAAGCAAGUGGCCCUGCGGAUGCCCUUCCUGGGAGAGCAGCCCCUGGAGGAAUGGGUGAAGGAACUAGAGCACCGGGUAUGGCAGGAGCUAUGGCUGGAGCAUGCCUACCAGGCGCUCUGGUGGUAUAUGGCACAGUAUAUACCCUGGACAGCCGAGCAUGACAAGCCAGAGGGAGAGGAGUUUGAUGGUCCUGGCUUGUUAUGGGAGUCCUUUGCAGAGCCUGACUUCGGGAGCCCUGCGCAGACCAGACUUCAGGACAUUUUCUACGAGAGGGAGGCUAGGCAUGACUGGGAUGACCCCCAUGAGGUAGAGCAAGACCUGGCUCACCUAGCAACCCUGGAGUGGGAACUGGAGCAGAACUACCGAGAUCUCUUCCACUCCAUUGGGAAGGCUCAGCAGGACAGCAAGGUGACAGACCCAGAUCCAGACCCCUCCAGCUGGGCAGAUAUUACUGGGAAGAACCCCAGGUGGCUGGUGGAGAUGGGGCUGAGGUCUCUCUACCGGUCCUGCAGGGAAUUGGGAGCCCAGUCUCCAUUCCCCAGCGGGAGAUAUUGCAGGGAAUUGAGAGCCCGAGCUCCAUUCCCCAGCAGGAGAUAUUGCAGGGAAUUGGGAGCCCAAGCUCCAUUCCCCAGUGGGAGAUAUUGCAAGGAAUUGGGAGCCCAAGCUCCAUUCCCCAGCGGGAGAUAUUGCAGGGAAUUGGGAGCCCAAGUUUCAUUCCCCAGCGGGAGAUUUUGCAGGGAAUUGGGAGCCCUAGCUCCAUUCCCCAGCGGCAGGCUGAGUUACAGGCGGCAGAGACAAGCGGCAGUGUUCCUUGCAGGGAGAGGAGAGCAGCGUCCUCCCUCCCCAGUGGCAGUGUGAGCUACAGGGAUGCUGGGCAGUCGGCUCAGAUCCCCAGCGGCAGUGUGAUUUAUUGGGAAUUGGGAGCCCGGUCUCCAAUCCACAGCGGGAGAUAUUGCAGGGAAUUGGGAGCCCAGUCUCCAUUCCCCAGCGGCAGUACGAAUUACAGGGAAUUGGGAGCCCAGUCUCCAUUCCCCAGUGGCAGAGUGUCCUACCGGGAAUAGAGAGCCCAGUCUCCUUUCCCCAGCAGCAGGACUCUAUCUAUCUUUUGAACCACUGGACCAAUUUGUAUGAUUUUGACGUAUGUUUGUAUUUGGAGUAUGCUGAUUCUGAAAAUGUAAGUUUAUGUGAAUGUGAUGCAUACAUUUCAAGUUAUGAAUAAUGUGGAAAAAUUGUAUUUCUCUGCUUGUGCUAAAUUACAUUACCCAUUGUGUAAGGUAAUUGAAUCACAGGCAGAGGGGAGGAUUUUGAGUGGGAGUGUCUGAGUGUAUUGUAUGUGUUUAUUGGUUGUGUUCCAAAACCCUGUGGGUGGAACUAAUGUGUAAGAAUGUGUUCAUAAGAACAAUAAACCCACAGAUCUGACUGUUCACUGCUUGACCCUCAACACGGAGCUUUGUCUCGUUCUUGGGGGGAUUUAUUGUAUGCUGUUACAGUUUGACUGCUAGGAGUGUAAACCUAUUCGUAUGGUUUUUCCUAUUCGGCUGCUUACAGCAUUCAUAUGGUUUCCUGUUCGGCGGAUUGGUGUUCUGCAGUAGCUGUGCCUACAUCUCUGGAAGGGGAAGAUCUACUAAACGGCGGUUUAACCCUUUUAUGCCUGGGGGUGCCGUUACACUCAUUAAAUCUCUCUUGGGUAUUUUUAUUUAAUUAAGAGUUGAUAAUUAUUCUAGGUUUAGAGCUAAAUCUUGAGAUAUUUUAUUGGUUUCCACGGUGAUGUCUCCUUACUUAGCUCCUGCCCCAGGACAGCAGCUGAUUUUGCUUUUAAAAAUAUUCCUUAAUAAGUGCCAUUUGAAACUGUUUUCUUGCAAAUUGCAUUUUAUAUCAUCUUUAAUGUAGGUAUUGCACAGGAUUAAGAAUAAAGGAGAACGUCUUCAACUGGUAUUCCACAACAGUGAAGAGAAAAAUGUAUCCAAUGACUUGAGUGAACGUGAAGUCCAUGUUUGAUACAGUCUUCUAGAAAUCUGUGAUGUUCUAAAGAAUUGAAACACAGCUGUAAGGGAGAAUUAGCUCAAUGGGGCAGUGUAGGCACCAUUAGGGCCGCCACCAGAAAUUUUGGGGCCCCUAACUCAGCUCAGGGUCUGGGCCGCCUGGGGCCCGCCUCCAAUCCCGCCCACAGGGUCCGCCUCCAAAUCCCGCCCACAGGAAUACACACACAGACACAAAAACACACACUGAUACAAAAUGACACAGACACACACACACACACACACAAAGAUACAUACUAACAGACACACAUACAGGCAUACGUACUGACACACACAUACUGAGAUAUACACACAUAUACAGACACACAGGCAUACAUAGUGACAGAUAGACACAUACUAACAUACGUACAGACACACAUGCAUGAAGACAUACACAUACAUACACCGAUAUACAUACACACAGACAUACAUUCAGUCAUACUGGCAUACAUACAUACAUACAUAUAUAUAUAUAUAUAUAUAUAUAUAUAUACUUACAUACAGAUGUACUGACAAACAUACAUUCAUACAGACAUUGACAUCCAUACACACAUACAUACACAGACAUACAUUCAUAAUGGCAUACAUUCAUACUGGCAUACACACAUAUAUACAGACAUACAUACAUACAUUCAUAUAUACUGACAUCCAUACACACAGACAUACAUUCAUAAUGACAUACAUACAUAAUGACAGGGGUCUUCAAACUUUUUAAACAAGGGGCCAGUUCACGGUCCCUCGGACACUGUUGGGGGCCGGACAAUAAACAAUAUGAACAAAUUCCUAUGCACACUGCACACACACGCAUAAGGACAUAAAUACACACACAUACACAUACUGACAUACAUACAUAUAAAAAACAGACAGACACAGACAUAUACAUACAUAUUGAAAUACAUACAGAUACAUACACACAGACAGACAUGCAUACAUACACAUACUGACUUACACACACAUACAUACAUACAGACAUUCUGACAUACAUACAGACACACAUACAUACUGACAUACAUACAGACAUUCUGACAUACAUACAGACAUACUAACAUACAUACAGACAUUCUGACAUACAUACAGACAUACUGACAUACAUACAGAAAUUCUGACAUACUGACAUACAUACAGACAUACAUACAGACACACAUACAUACAUACAUACAUACAUACAGACAUUCUGACAUACAUACAGACAUACAUACAGAAAUUCUGACAUACUGACAUACAUACAGACAUACAUACAGACAUACAUACAGACACACAUACACACAUACAUACAUACAUACAUACAGACAUACAUACAGACAUUCAUACAGACAUACUGACAUACAUACAGAAAUUCUGACAUACUGACAUACAUACAGACACACAUACAUACAUACAUACAGACAUACUGACAUACAUUCUGACAUACUGACAUACAUACAGACAUACAUACAGACAUACUGACAUACAUACAGACAUUCUAUCAUACAUACAGACACACAUACAGACAUUCUGACAUACAUACAGACAUACUGACAUACAUACAGACAUUCUGGCAUACAUACAGACAUACAGACAUGCAGACAUAAUGACAUACAUACUGACAUACAUACAGACAUACUGACAUACAUACAGCAUUCUGACAUACAUACAGACAUACUGACAUACAUACAGACAUACUGACAUACAUACAGACAUACUGACAUACAUACAGACAUUCUGACAUACAUACAGACACACAUACAUACAUACAUUCUGACAUGCAUACAGACACACAUGCAUGCAGACAUACUGACAUACAUACAGACAUACUGACAUACAUACAGACACACAUACAUACAUACAGACAUACUGACAUACAUACAGACAUACUGACAUACAUACAGACAUUCUGACAUACAUACAGACAUUCUGACAUACAUACAGACAUUCUGACAUACAUACAGACAUACUGACAUACAUACAGACACACAUACAUUCAGACAUUCUGACAUACAUACAGACAUUCUGACAUACAUACAGACAUUCUGACAUACAUACAGACACAAAUACAGACAUUCCGACAUUCAUACAGACAUACUGACAUACAUACACACAUACAUACAUACAGACAUUCUGACAUACAUACAGACAUACUGACAUACAUACACACAUACAUACAUACACACAUACUGACAUACAUACAGACACACAUACAGACAUUCUGACAUACAUACAGACAUACUGACAUACAUACAUACAUUCUGACAUUCAUACAGACAUAGAUACAUACUAACAUACACAAAUACAGCCAGUUUCAUCCUUAUUUCUACAGAAUAAAUCGAAUGAGAAUCUCAGCUUAUUUUAUCUGCCAAUGAAGUUCAUCCAAACGUAGUAGAAUUGAGAUAUUAAUGCAGAUGUAGGGAAUUUUGUAUUAGUAACUUGGAAAGACAAGGAGUGACAAAUUGUUUAUUUUGGGCUAUGUCUAGAUACUCCUGGCACCAUAAUCACCACAGCAGCUGCACUGCAAGGCUUAGCCCAGGAGAGCUAAUGAAAACUACUAAGCAGGAGCUUCUGUCUAUCUGGCUCAGUUGGUGGAGGUGGGGAGAGGUUUGUGGCAGACCCUGGGUAAGAUCUCAAACGAUUCUAAAACACUUUGACUCCUUACACUGGUGUUUGCCAGGGUACUCUUGGUACCAUAGCAUAGCUGUAAUGGAUGUGAUGCUUAGAGUAUUCCUUUAAACUCAAAGGAAAACUGUAAUUACUAUAACAACAUCAUCUAAUUGAAGUUGUUACGGUGCCUACAGUAGUUACCUCCUUUAAAUUGCCAUCAAAAUGUAAUAUUUUAGCAUCACGCCACACCUUCAAACUUGGAAAGGAGAGCCAGGAAUGUUAGUUCUGGCUCUCAUACCCAGAAAUAUAACACAACAUGCGCAGUUUCAUCAUGGCUUGUCAUAGAGAAUUAAGGUAUUCAAUGACUCUCUAUGAAAAAUCAUUGGCGGAUUCCAGCGAGUGCCGUGCAUCUGCCUACACUCCCCGGCGUUCCUCUAUAAGGAGCAUUGGAUUGUACCAUCACUCACACAGAGAUGAGCGGGUGGCAGUGCCAAGGGAGACUUGGUGUUGAAGCAAAGGUAGUUUACAUCAGUGAUCCCUAACCCAGUUCUCAUGGACCACCAAUGGCCCAGGAUUUAUGUAUUUCCCUUUUUUAUUCCAAUGGAGAUGAUGACAAAACCUGGAAGGUUGGUGGUCCAUGAGGACUGGGUUGGGGACCACUGGUUUACAUUAUACUACACACGGGAGGAGGGGAUGGGCAAAAACUAACUAGGGACAGGAUUGUAUAGUCAGUGGCGUACACAUGACCCAUGGGGUCCCGGUGCGAAAAUUGAUCCGUGGGCCCCCCCCCCACCCCCGCGCUUACUUGGCGCGGGUUGGGGCCGCAACACAUGGCGGUGGGCACCUGGUCGCAGGGGUUGCAGGGCUGCGACCCCGCGACCGCGGUAUGCACACCCACUUAAAGGACCACUACAGACACCCAGAUCACAUCAGCUCAAUGAAGUGGUCUGGGUGCCAGGUCCCUCUAGUUUUAACCCUGCAGCUGAAAACAUAGCCGUUUCAUAGAAACGGCUAUGUUUCACUGAGGGUUAAUCCAGCCUCUGGUGGCUGUCUCAUUGACAGCUGCUAGAGGAGCUUCCGCGAUUCUCACUGUGAAAAUCACAGUGAGAAGACACUGAACGUCCAUAGGAAAGCAUUGAGUAAUGCUUUCCUAUGGGCGGUUUAAAUGCGCGCGCGCGCCUCUUGCUGCGCAUGUGCAUUCGGAGCUGAGAGGCGGAGGGAUCCCCAGCGCCAAGGGAGUCCGACGCUGGAGAAAGGUAAAUGCUGAAGACACACACUCUCACGAACAGACGCAUACACACUAGCUAACAGACACACACAUUUACUGACAGAGACACACUCAGUGACAGACAUACAUACACACUCAUAAAACAUACACUUUCACUGACAAACACACACUCACUAACAGACAUCAAACACACUCAGUAACAGACACACACAGUAAAACACUCACUAGCAGACACACACCCAAUAACAGACACACUCACUGACACACACACUAACACAUACACACAAACACUAACAUACACACACACACACACACACACACACACUAACACACACACACAAACACACACACACACUAACACACACACACUAACACUAACACACACACAUUUUUUUUUAAAUUUAAUCCCCCCAGCCUCCUUACCUUUAGGAGUGCUGGGGGGAUUCCCUGGGGUCCAGUGGUGCUGCUGACCCCGGCAGGCUGGCUAUCUGAGUGGACGGUGCGCGAGGGAGCACUCAGUGCUUCCUCUUCAGCUCCCUCGCGCACCGCGUGGGGAUGCCGGCGCCGGAAGAUGACGUCAUCUUCCGGCUCCGGUAUCAGUGCGGUGCGCGAGGGAGCUGAAGAGGAAGCACUGAGUGCUCCCUCGCGCACCGUCCACCCAGAUAGCCAGCCUGCCGGGGUCAGCAGGGCCAGCCUCGUGGGGCCCUGGGGUGGCCGGCUCCUGGGCCCCCCAGGGGAAGAGGCUGGCCCUGUGGGUACAUACCGGGUCGCAGGGGCGGCGACCCUGGUAUGUACGCCACUGCCUACACACACUACAUCACCUAUCCACACAGAGACUACAGCUCAUAUGCACACACUCGCUAUAUCCCCUAUACACACACUCUCACUUUCUUCAGCCCAUAUCCAUACAUAUUACACCACAAACACAACACAACUGAAACUGACCAAUUUACACAAAACACCACACCACAAUCAGCUCACUCUACACAUAAGCAAUCCCACAAGCAGCCUACAAACACAUGUACAAUACACUUCCCUGGCCCUUUUGCUCUAUGGUAUGGUAUGGACAAGUCACAAGCAAACACAACGCAAGCGUGUCAUUAAAUUCAUUUGCGCUGCUCAGAACAAAUGCAGGGCCUUUUUCUCAUGUGAGAGCUCUUCAGCAGAGCUCUGUGCAUGGUCUGUCCUGAAAGAGCUUUAAGCCAACAUUCUCCCUUUGAAAGGGGGUCUGCUUGUCAUUAGUGAUGACAAAACACCCUUCUCACUGACUAAAAAAAUGCAAAGGCAAAGUUUUUUUUUUACCAGUCCAACCCAGGUAAGGACUACUGAUAACUGUGUGUUAAAACAAAAUGUGCCUGCAUUGAUUAUGUGUGCAGUAUCCAUUCUGCCCUUUAUUGAUUAUUGAAAAUGCAGCUGAUUUUAAACAUGACAUCUCAUGGGUUAACUAGGUAGAGCCAAACAAGUUGGUGGGGAGGCAGCACCCCACCAUAUUUUAACUUCAGCCACCGCUGGAUCUACACAGAUGUUUGGAGGGGAUAUGAAACGGAUUGUGUGUGCUACAAAGGAUAUCAUAGUUGUUCAUCAUUAUCAUAAUUUUAUUUUUAUUUUUUAGCAAAAUGCAUGUAUAAGCAUAUGAAUGGUUCCCUAACUGUGUGUAUAAUACAAGUUAGUCCCUUAAAAUCUUUACUUCUGGUCCCAGAAAUCUAAAUGGGCCUUUAGGAAAGGAUCACUAAAGGCAACCAGACCACUUCAUUUCAGUGAAUUCUCUAAAUGCAGUGGCCGUUUACUAUUAACCCUGCAAUGUAAAACAUAGCAGUUUUGUUGAAAUUGCCAUGUUCUCAUUGCAGGGCUAAACACACCUCUUGUGACUGUCUACCUGACAGCAACUCGAGGCUCUUCCCUGUGAGAAUCGAGUCAGACUCGGUUCUCAAUCAAAUGCGGUUUCUGGAAGAAGCAAUGGAUUAGCUAAAAUCAUGAAUCGGUGAAGCUUUCUCAGCGAGACCAGCUUGACGAUGAGUAAAGGUAAGUUAUAAUCACCUUUUAAAUGCUCACAGGGGGUGGUGGACUACAACACAGGUAGAGUAAAACUAUAGCAUUAGGAAUACAUAUUUGCAUUAAAUAUAACGCACAAUUCGAAAACUAAUCUAAUAACAAACCUUCUUGGAAUAAAGCAAAAGUUCAAGUGCUUUUUCAAAUCCAAAUGGAAAGAGAAAUUAGUUAAAUUCGCCAAGAAAGUGUAUUAUAUGGGAUCAAUGGUUGUCAAAGAUUAACUGAAUAUGUAUCAAAUGGCUUAACCAACUCCCAAAUCAAAAAAAUCUCAUAAAACUCUAGACCCUCGAGAUGUUAUAACCAUCGCUAUCUGGUUGUUUUCCAUCUCUAUCAGCGGUUCCUCAACUACUCUAAUGAAAUUUGUAUAAAUGUUACGUUUUUUUUUGUUUAUAAUUUUUGUGUUUAAAUAUGUCUAAACAAAAACGAAACAAAACCAAAUAAAGAUUAUAAUAACAGAGGAAUACAUGUUUGUAUUCCUAACGCUAUAGUGUUUCUUUAGUAAAUAAUACUUUUUGCAUUUUUCAUCUUACUUAUCUGUGAGAAAGUUUUAUCUAGAAAAAAAAAUCUAAUAUUUUAGGGGCAUUCUUAUUUGCAUUCAAACAGCUAAAGUACAAAUUGACUGUUUUCCAAUAGCUCUCAGCUGACUGGUAUAAUGAUUUUGUGCAGAUCUUGUUAAUGUUUUUUUUUUUCUGUGAUUGCAAUUAUUAUGCAAAUUUUUGAAGCCCCCAGUUAUGGCUGUCGGAGUGUGCCAUCUACAACAUUCUAAUGAUUUUGUUCUUCACAUACAGGUAUAGAGCAAUUGUGAAACCCUUGGAGCUGCAGACCUCAGAUGCGGUUCUGAAAACGUGUGGCAAAGCUCUUUGUGUCUGGAUAAUUUCCAUGCUGCUUGCUGCCCCAGAAGCAGUGUUCUCCGAUUUGUACGAGUUUGGAGACCCUGAAAAAAAUACAUCUUUCAAAGCCUGCGCUCCUUACCCCGUGUCUGAGAAAAUAUUACAGGAGACACAUUCCCUGAUGUGUUUCCUGGUGUUUUACAUUGUUCCCUUGUCUAUAAUUUCUGCAUAUUACUUUCUCAUUGCAAGAACACUGUACAGAAGCACUUGUAACAUGCCCGCUGAAGAGCACACACACGCCCGAAAGCAGGUUUGUAACGUUUAAUUAUUCUAAGUAAAAAUAGAUAUUGAAUUUAUUUGGAUUUUUCUUGAACUGAGUAUAUAUAGUUAUGAAAGUACGUAUUAAAGAGGAAAACCUAAAGCUCCAUAAAUAAUACGGAGUGAUUCUAGCUUUCUGAAAGGUGGGGAGCAUCACAUGGAGAACUGAGAGUAAGGUGCCAAACUAUUCUAAAAUUAUUCGACUACUGUCAUUGGGGGGGUUGGGGGCUUCAGGGGACUCUUGGCACCAUAACCACUGCAGCGAGCUGAUCUUAUUUUAGGAGGAAUAGUAUCAAUUUGGAACCCAGAUCACUCUGAAAAUUAUUCAUGAAAGGAAUGGGAAUUUACUGCAAAUUUCUAAUUUCAGGCUUCAAAAGCGCAGUUGAAACAUAUUUGUUUUUAAAUUCCCUUUGAAUUCCAAGAAUUCGCAUUAUAUUGAAAAGUCCUGACUUUUUUUAAUUGCUAUCUUUAUGUCUCUCUUAGAUUUGAGCUCAGAAUAUUUGGUAUAAUAAUAAUAAUAAUAAUAAUAAUAUUUGCUAUAAUAAUACCAGUUGCAUGCGCAGCCUAUUGCAUUAGGGUGUGCACCCUAAAGCACAAACUCACGCCGCGUGUAUAUAUAUGUGUGUGUGUAUAUAUAUAUAUAUAUAUAUAUAUAUAUAUAUACACACACAUACACAUAUAUAUAUAUAUAUAUAUAUAUAUACACACACACACAUACAUACACUGCUGUGUGUGUGUGUAAGGGUGCUGUGUGUGAGGGUGCUGUUAGUGUGAUGUGUGUGUGAGGGUGCUGUUUGUGUGCUGUGUGUGUGAGGGUGUUUGUGUGUGUGUUUGUUAGGGUCCUGUUAGCGUGCUGUUUCUGUGCUGUGUGUGAGAGGGUGCUGUGUGUUUGAGGGUGCUGUAUGUGUGUGGUUGCUGUAUGUGUGAGGGUGCUGUGUGUGUGUGGGUGCUGUGUCUGUGUGGGUGCUGUAUGUGUGAAGGUGCUGUAUGUGUGUGUGUGCGGUGUAUGUGUGUGAAGGUGCUGUAUGUGUGUGUGUGCUGUGUGUGGGUGCUGUGUGUGUGGGUGCUGUGUGUGUGGGUGCUGUAUGUGUGUGCUGUGUGUGUGUGUGCUGUAUGUGUGAAGGUGCAGUAUGUGUGUGCUGUAUGUGUGUGAGGGCGCUGUAUGUGUGUGUGUGCUGUAUGUGUGUGUGUGCUGUAUGUGUGAAGGUGCUGUGAGUGUGCUGUAUGUGUGUGUGUGCUGUGUGUGUGCUGUGUGUGUGCUGUGUGCUGUAUAUGUGUGGAGGUGGGGGUACAUUACUUAAUAACCCCCCUCCCUUCUCACCUUAUGUAGGGAGCGGGGAUUCUUGUUCCUGCUGCUUUCCCUGGUGGUCCAGUGGAGAGUGAACUCUAGCCCCUGGGCAACGAUCAGAUCUCGCGAGAGGAACCCGGCGGAGCUGCUGGUUAAGCUCCCCGGGUCCUCUCCUGCCUCCCUCCAUGCUGCAGUGGGGAGGGAGGCUUAGAGCAGAUCCUGAGAUCUCCCCUGCCGGUCUCACUCCAUAGGCGUGCCGCGGGGAUUAGGGUGUUCCUCUAUUGAAGUGACAGUUCCAUGUUCUCUCAACAGAGUAAACGCUAUUGCAGUGUUUACUUGGGUGAAUGAAGCAACAGAGGUAAUUAUAAAUGCACUUACCUCUGCUGCACUUCCACAUCAUGCCUCCCAACCAUCCCGAUAUUAGCAGUAGAGUCACAAUAUUCUGGUCCUGUUCUGCUUUGGUUCCCUGAUGUCUCGUUUUUGGGGACACUUGGGAACUGUCCAAACAGUCAUAGCACGAGCGCAUCAUAAGGUGUUCAGGGCACUAAGACCCUGAAGAUAGCAAUGAAACAGUGCUCCAUGCAUGUCCUGCACUCAGUGAGCUGUCCGGAAUGAGGACAGGCAGCCUGGCAUGGGCCUGUCAUUAACUCUGGUGGACCUGCCCACAUUCUGCCCCUUUUAUCUCCCUCCCACUGCCGUCCUGAUUCUUUGGUGCCAGAGUUGGGAGGUAUGUACAUUAUGGGUGGCUUUGCAGUCUCAUAAUUCCUCCACAGUGUAUGUGCAUUCCUUCAGUAGUGUCAUACACACAGCACAGCACUGCAGGAAAUAAGUAAAGUACAUGCAGUGUAUCGCAUGCAAGAUUGAAAUUUAAAUUUAAAAAACAGAUGAGAUUUAAAAAAAUAAAAUAAAAAAAACAUAACCAGGGGCAUUGUUAGAGGGGCGCUGACAGGGGUCUAAAAGCUUAGGUCUAACUUUGGCACCAUUUAAUUGUUAGCCCUGCUACCAUGUAAUACAAAGAGAUAAAUAACACCUCUAAUUAAAGAAUUAUACAGCAGGUGGGGCUUAUAUACAUGUAGGUUCAUGUAAUACUCUGAACUCAAUCAAAGGUUUGGUGUAGCAAUGUGAUUUGUAAAACACAUUCAGGUUUAGGCAUGGUAUGGGGAUGUUUUUAUGGCAGGCUUAAGUCAAUAUAUGUGUGAUGGACCAUAGAAAUUUACCAUUGAUCUCAAGCCCCUGGACUUUCUACCAGCCAUAGCUUGCCUUUAGUUAGCUACACAGUUUGGAUAAGUCAUAUGCAUUUGUUGUUUUAAAUAAAAUAUACUAGUUGUCAUAAAUGGCUAUCUGUGGGUCAAGAAAUGUUCUACAAUUUGUGCUGAAGACUCUCCCAUGCAGCCAUAUGUGUAUGUUCAGUCAAGCUGACGUCAGCACUCAAUGGGCAACUUGACAACACUAAAAUAAAUCACAACAAAAGUGUGGGGUUCAAUGAUUUAAAUGCCUGGGGGCAAUUGCUGGCCUCCCCACAACCUCUAUGUAUUCUGUAUGCCACUGAGCGCUCUAUAUGUGAUAAAUGUCACAUCACCCAGGGGGCAGGGGGGAGAUAUUAAAAUGUCAGAAAGUAAAAAAAAAACUGGUAUUUUCAUAUUUAAUCUCCUUAUAAUUGUAAUUAUAAUCCCCUUAUAAUUGUAUAUAUUAUAGCUCAUAUAUAGUUUGUAUUAUAUUAUAGUUUAUUUUAUGCAAGUAAUUCUCUCAACAAAUUCUCUUUUUUUCCCAUUUCUAGAUCGAAUCCCGUAAAAGAGUUGCGAAAACCGUGCUGGUGUUGGUUGCUCUCUUUGCCCUUUGCUGGCUGCCAAAUCACAUCCUCUACUUGUACCGAUCCUUCACCUAUCAUUCAGAUAUCAACUCGUCGGUGCUCCAUCUAUCUGCCACCAUAUUUGCUCGAGUCUUGGCAUUCAGCAAUUCCUGUGUUAACCCAUUUGCGCUUUACUGGCUCAGUAGAAGUUUUAGGCAGCAUUUCAAAAAGCAGGUAUACUGCUGCCAGGCACAGCCACCACCCUGUCAGCCGAGUCCUACCCAUAGCAGUACCAACACUGGGAUUACAGCUAUUAAAGGCAAUAUACAGAUGUCUGAAAUUAGCAUAACAUUAUUAGGCAGCUAUGACAUGAAAAAAGAGAGUGACAGUAUUUAACAUUAUAUAUCUAAAUCCUGCUACUCCUGUAUUCGGAAACAAAAAUGUAUGAUUAAUGUAAAUAGAUAAUUGUCAAGGUGAGUGAGGCUAAACCUUUAUUUAUUUUUUUGAUAGACCCUCUAAUUCAGGGUUCCUCAAACUCCAGGGCCCCCAGAUGUUGCUGAACUACAACUCCCAUGAUUCUCUGGCUAUCUAUGUAAUUCAAAGAAUCAUGGGAGUUGUAGUUCAGCAACAUCUGGGGUCCGGAGUUUGAGGACCCCCUGCUCUAAUUCCUUGUGAAAGCAUACAGUGUGUGCUAACAUGGAGACACAUCUAAAGGUCAUGGAGUAAACCACAUAUGUGUUGCAUCAAAUUGUUGGAAUUUGAUUCAAUUACUACCCGUGUCUGUGUCAUUUCAUCACAUUUGUUUUGGACAUUCUGAAAUGUGACCAUGUGAGAAGUAUCGCUUAGAGUGAAGGAUCUACUUACCAGAGAAACCCACUUGUGGACUGAUUUCGUCGCCAGAACUAUCCUCUGUUUCUCUGUUCAUUUUCUGGUGAGGGAGGUUAGUUUAUCCUUAUUUACUAACCAAUCUAUUACCUAAAGACCUCUUGUUCUCUCAGACUCAGAUUUCUUUUUUCUUUAGCCAGCCCCUUCUCCACCCAAUGUUGUGACCACUUUCCCUACUAAAGUGUAAAUUGUUGGGAAUUGAAAGUGAGUUUCAUAUUUUAGGCAAAAUUGGUGGACUUAAAAACAUAGGUUACUUUUUUGUGUUUUUAUUGGACUAAAACUUGAAGUUAAGUUUGAAUUUACUUUGAAAUGCUGAGUCAAGUUUUUAAGAUUAAAGCUUCCUGUAUUUACCCCA